CGGCAAGAUGAGCGUCUUCUCGCGCCUCAGGAACGGAAUCCCGCCGUCGCGCGACUACUGCCAAUCUCCCUACGAGCGGCUGAGCCAGCGGAUGCUGGACAUUUCUGGGGACCGAGGUGUGCUGAAGGACAUCAUCCGCGAGGGCUCCGGAGAUCCCGUGACGCCUGAUGCUUCCGUGCUGGUGAAAUAUUCUGGGUACCUGGAGCACAUGGACAAGCCUUUCGAUUCUAACUACUUUAGGAAAGCACCUCGACUGAUGAAACUCGGGGAAGAUAUUACACUCUGGGGCAUGGAGCUGGGCCUUCUAAGCAUGCGCAGAGGGGAGCUGGCCAGGUUCCUGUUCAAGCCAACCUAUGCUUAUGGCACCCUGGGGUGCCCGCCCCUCAUCCCUCCAAAUGCCACUGUCCUGUUUGAGAUUGAGCUGAUUGACUUCCUUGAUUCUGCUGAGUCAGACAAGUUUUGUGCACUCUCAGCUGAACAGCAAGAACAGUUUCCACUUCAGAAGGUCCUCAAGGUAGCAGCAACUGAGAGGGAGUUUGGCAACUAUCUUUUCCGCCAGAACCGCUUCUGUGAUGCCAAAGUGAGAUACAAGCGGGCCUUGCUGCUGCUUCACCGACGCUUGGCAAUCUGUGAGGAGCAGCACCUAGUGGAGCCUGCUGAGCUUCUGGUCCUCCUUAACCUGUCCUUUGUGUAUCUGAAGCUAGACCGACCUGCCAUGGCCCUGCGCUAUGGGGAGCAGGCUCUGCUCAUUGACCAAAGGAACGCCAAGGCUCUCUUCCGGUGUGGACAGGCUUGCCUCCUCCUAACUGAGUACGAGCAGGCCCGGGAUUUUCUAGUGCGAGCUCAGAAGGAGCAGCCCUACAACCAUGACAUCAAUAAUGAGCUGAAGAAGCUGUCCAGCCACUACAGGGACUACGUGGACAGAGAGAAAGAGAUGUGUCACCGGAUGUUUGCUCCCUGUGGCGGCUCCUCAGCAGGAGGAAACUGA